UUUUAAUGCACAGUCUGCUAGUGACAGAGAAGCAUGGAUGGAAGCAAUAAAGCAAGUGGCAGAGCGGAUAGCAGAGGUGGAUGCAACAUCUGGUCAAAAUGUCCAGAUCCAGCCAGCAGAUUGCGUUGACAUUAAACUCAAUUAUUCACAAGAGGAUGAUGAUGGGCUUGGGGCAAGAAGCUCAAAGAAGAAAAGAAAAAUUACACUGGAUAAUUUUGAAUUCUUAAAGGUACUUGGGAAAGGCACAUUUGGAAAAGUAAUCUUGUGUCGAGAGAAGAGUAGUAAUCACUUUUAUGCUAUCAAGAUCCUUCGUAAGGAUGUAAUUAUUAAGCGCGAUGAAGUUGCUCACACACUGACAGAAAACCGAGUAUUGCAAAGGGUUGACCACCCUUUCUUAACUUACCUCAAGUACUCAUUCCAAACAAAUGACCGCUUGUGCUUUGUAAUGGAAUAUGUGAAUGGUGGAGAGCUCUUCUUCCACCUCAACCAGGAGCGCAUCUUCCCAGAGGAGCGUGCCAAAUUCUAUGGAGCUGAGAUAUGCUUAGCUUUGGGAUACCUCCAUGAGAGAAACAUUAUAUAUCGUGAUUUAAAGCUAGAGAACUUACUCUUGGAUGCUGAUGGUCACAUUAAGAUUGCUGAUUUUGGUUUAUGCAAAGAAGAUAUAUCAUAUGGUUCUACAACACGAACUUUCUGUGGUACACCAGAGUAUCUGGCUCCUGAGGUACUUGAAGAAAAUGACUAUGGAAGAGGUGUUGACUGGUGGGGUUAUGGAGUGUGUCUCUAUGAGAUGAUGGUAGGACGUCUUCCCUUUUAUGACAAAGAUCAUGACAAACUCUUCCAACUCAUCGUUUGUGAAGAU